GUUGUAUUUUGACAAGAAGAUGGUAGUUUAAAGGAGCAAGUGGAACUAGUAUUGAUUGAAUGAUUGAUAGAGGAGUGAGUCUCGGGGCAUCAAAGAAGAAAGAUGGGAGACGUAGCAGAUAAAUUGGCGUAUUUCCAAGCGAUAACCGGUUUAGAAGAUCCGGAGCUCUGCACAGAAAUCCUGGCUGCCCACAAUUGGGACCUGGAACUCGCUAUCUCUACUUUCACCUCUUCCUCAAACCCUAACAACCCUCCACCGCCUCCCGCUCUGGCUUGGAAACUCAUCACCCUACCCGUUUCCGUCAUCUCCGCCAGUCUAGGCUUAGUUUCCGCCGCUAUCGGCUUGGGCCUAUGGGCCGCGGGGGGCGUCCUCUCCUAUUCCCUCGGCCUCGUGGGCCUGGGCUCGCCCUCGGCCCCAUUGGUUUCCGUCACGGCCGCCGCUUCCGAGGCGAUGGAUUUCGUGGCCGCUUUCGAGAGGGACUACGGCUCCGGUGGGCCCAAUUUCGUGGGCGAGGGCUUCAUGGACGCUCUUCAGCGAUCCAGGAACUCGUUCAAGCUUCUCUUCGUUUACUUGCAUUCCCCCGAUCACCCCGACACGCCGUCGUUCUGCCAGAGGACGCUCUGCUCUGAGACCAUUGCGCCGUUUGUGAACGAGAAUUUCGUGUGCUGGGGUGGCAGCAUUCGCGCCAGCGAAGGGUUUAAGAUGAGUAACAGCUUAAAGGCUUCUCGCUUCCCCUUCUGCGCUCUCGUCAUGGCCGCCACCAAUCAGAGGAUCGCGCUCCUUCAACAGGUUGAAGGUCCAAAAUCCAGUGAGGAGCUGCUGGUGACACUGCAGAGAGUGCUUGAAGAAAGCUCCCCCGUCCUUGCUGCGGCUAGGCUUGAUGCAGAAGAAAGAAGAAAUAAUAUGCGCUUAAGGGAGGAGCAAGAUGCUGCAUACAGGGCUGCACUUGAAGCUGAUCAAGCUAGGGAACGACAGAGAAGAGAAGAAGAAGAACAUCUUGCAAGGGAAGCUGCUGAAGCCGAGAGAAAGCACAAGGAAGAGGAGGCGGCUCGUGAAAGAGCAGCACAAGAAGCUGCAGAGAAACAAGCUGCAUUGGCUAAAAUACGUCAAGAGAAAGCCCAAUCUCUUGGUGAAGAACCUGAAAAAGGACCUAAUGUUACACAGGUUUUGGUACGGUUUCCAACUGGUGAACGCAAGGAAAGGAGGUUCUACAGCACAGCGACAAUUCAGUCUUUGUAUGACUAUGUUGACUCACUUGGAUGUUUAGAAGCCGAGAGUUACAGCCUGGUCUCCAAUUUUCCUCGGACUGUUUAUGGACAAGAGAAGUUGACAUUGUCAUUGAAGGAAGCUGGAUUGCAUCCUCAGGCCAGCCUGUUUGUGGAGCUCGGUUCAUGAAAAUCAAGCUUGCCUAAUGUUCUUAUGAAUACAAGAUGUGGCCUGCAAAUAAUUCUGAUGUUUCAUUCUUCUGUUUAAAAGAAUCGACUUGCUGAACAAUUAUAAACGUUAGAUAAAUAGGUUGUCGUGGUUUAUGUAGUUUUGAUUUCUCUUAUUUUCAAUUGAAUCAAUCAAGCGGAUAGCGUUACAUGGAGAUGAUUUAGAAUAAUGAUAUAUAUAAUAUACAUAUUUGGAAUU